CCUAGCACCAUGCAGAGACCCAUCCGCCUCAACGACGGCCACGUCGUGGCCCUGGCUAUGCGGGCCCAGAAGGACGGCACUCGCAAAGGCUACCUGUGCAAGAAUACCUCCGACAACCCAAAAUGGCAAACCAAGUGGUUUGCACUGCUUCAGAACCUGCUCUUCUACUUCGAAAGCGACACCAGCCCUCGGCCCUCGGGGCUCUACCUGCUGGAGGGCUGUGUCUGCAAACGCAUACCCUCCCCCAAGCGGGGGUCCAAGGAGUCCGGCGAGAAACAGUACUAUUACUUUACAGUGUCCUUCUCCAAUGACCAGAAGGCCUUGGAGCUGAGGACUGAUGAUCCCAAGGACUGUGACGAGUGGGUGGAUGCAAUCGCUCAUGCCAGCUACAAGAUACUUGCCACAGAGUAUGAGUCGCUCAUGCAGAAGUACCUGCACCUGCUGCAGGUGGUGGAGACAGAGAAGGCUGUGGCUAAGCAGCUACGCCAGCAGCUUGAAGACGGUGAGAUUGAGAUUGAAAGGCUGAAAAACAAAGUAACUAACACAAAUACGAAUAAGGAAAAUGAACGAGCCCAGUCCAAAAAGAAGACCGCCACUGAGGAUGAGGAGGACAGUGACCUCAAGAAAAUUAAGAAGGUACAGAGCUUUCUUCGGGGAUGGCUUUGCCGACGGAAGUGGAAGAGCAUCAUCCAAGACUACAUCCGGUCGCCCCAUGCAGAGAGCAUGCGCAAGAGGAACCAGGUGGUAUUCAGCAUGCUGGAGGCAGAGGCCGAGUACGUGCAGCAACUACACAUCCUUGUCAACAAUUUCAUGCGCCCACUGCGCAUGGCCGCCAGCUCUAAGAAGCCCCCAAUAACUCAUGAUGAUGUCAGCAGCAUCUUUCUGAACAGUGAGACCAUCAUGUUCCUGCAUCAGAUCUUCUACCAAGGCCUGAAGGCUCGUAUCUCCAGCUGGCCCACCCUGGUGCUGGCUGACCUGUUCGACAUCCUGCUGCCCAUGCUGAACAUCUACCAGGAGUUCGUCCGCAACCACCAGUACAGCCUGCAGAUCCUCGCACACUGCAAGCAGAACCGGGACUUCGACAAGCUUCUCAAACAGUACGAGGCCAAGCCCGACUGCGAGGAGCGCACGCUGGAGACCUUCCUCACCUACCCGAUGUUCCAGAUCCCCAGGUACAUCCUGACACUCCAUGAGCUGCUGGCCCACACACCUCAUGAGCAUGUGGAGCGCAACAGCCUGGACUAUGCCAAAACCAAACUAGAGGAACUGUCCAGGAUCAUGCAUGACGAAGUCAGCGAGACAGAGAACAUCCGCAAAAACCUGGCCAUUGAGCGCAUGAUCUCCGAGGGCUGCGAGAUCCUCCUGGACACCAGCCAGACCUUCGUGCGCCAAGGUUCCCUCAUGCAGGUGUCCUUGUCAGAAAAGAGCAAGGGCUCUAAGGGCCGCCUGGGGUCUCUGUCCUUUAAGAAGGAGGGUGAGCGCCAGUGUUUCCUGUUCUCCAAGCAUCUCAUCAUCUGCACCAGAGGCUCUGGUGGGAAGCUGCACCUAAUCAAGAAUGGGGUCAUCUCCCUUAUCGACUGCACCUUACUGGACGAACCUGAAAACCCAGAUGAUGAAGCCAAAGGAGCCGGACAAGAGAUAGAACACCUGGAGUUUAAGAUCAUGGUGGAGCCAAAGGACUCCCAAACUUUCACCAUCAUACUGCUCGCCUCAACCCGGCAGGAGAAGGCGGAAUGGAUGAGUGACAUCAUCCAGUGUGUGGAUAACAUCCGCUGUAAUGGGCUCAUGAUGAAUGCCUUUGAAGAAAAUUCCAAGGUCACUGUGCCACAGAUGAUCAAGUCUGAUUCUUCCUUAUAUUGUGACGAUAUUGACAUCCGCUUCAGCAGGACCAUGAAUUCUUGCAAAGUGCUGCAGAUCCGCUAUGCCAGCGUGGAGCGCCUGCUGGAACGCCUGACGGAUCUUCGCUUCCUGAGUAUUGACUUUCUCAACACCUUCCUGCACUCCUACCGAGUCUUCACCGAUGCUACGGUGGUCCUCGAGAAACUGAUCAGCAUCUACAGGAAGCCCAUGAGUGCCAUUCCUGCCAGGUCACUGGAACUCUUGUUCUCCAGCAGCCACAGUGCCAAGUUUCUGUACGGAGAUGCCCCCAAGUCUCCUAAUACCUGCCGCAAGUACUCACCGCCUCCAUUGGCUAUCAGCCCAUCGUCCCCAGGCCGCCGUCGAAAGCUGUCCCUCAACAUCCCCAUCAUCACAGGCGGCAAGGCUCUGGAACUGGCUUCACUCGGGAGCAGCUCCGAUACCUACACCAGCAUACACUCACCCAUCUCGCCCUUCAGCAAAGCCACACUGGACACCAGCAAGCUCUGUGUGGCCAGCCACUUGCCCAAGACUCCAGAAGAGAUUGCUAUUCCUCCCACAAUUCCAGAGAAGCCUGGGGAGCCCUCAGUCGUCAGGAAGCACAAUACUGACAUCCUGAAAGCAGAGUGUAAUGAGGACCAGAACCGGAAUGAUGAAGACAGCACAGAGGCAUCAACACUUCAACCACCAACACCAAAAUCAUUCUUAAGCAGACCCAUGACAGAGUUCCCACUCUUUAACUACAGUGGAGUCAUAAUGAGCACAUGUCGCGACCUGGACAAUAACUUGGGCACUAUCUCAGCUACGUCUGCCUUUGCCAUAGCAACCGCAGGAGCGAAUGAAAGCUCCUCAAACAAGGAGGUGUUCCGAAGGAUGUCUUUGGUCAACACAGGGUAUUCCACUGAGCAGAGAAAUAUUGACAAGGAGUUUGUGAUCCGCAGAGCUGCCAGCAACCGUGUGCUCAACGUGCUCCGCCACUGGGUCACCAAGCACACCCAGGACUUUGAUACCAACACAACGCUCAAAUAUAAAGUGAUCUGCUUCUUGGAGGAGGUCAUGCAUGACCCAGAUCUGCUGACCCAAGAGCGGAAGGCAGCAGCCAACAUCAUCAGGACUCUGACCCAAGAAGAGACAGUAGUUGAAAACCAUAGGACGCUGGACGAUCUCAUAAUGAUGACAGAGGGUCUGAAGAUUGAGCCCUUCGAAAACCACUCAGCCAUGGAGAUAGCAGAGCAGCUGACCCUGCUGGAUCACCUUGUCUUCAAGGAUAUUCCUUAUGAAGAAUUCUUCGGCGAGGGCUGGAUGAAGGCCGAAAAGUAUGAACGGACUCCUUACAUCAUGAGAACCACCAAACACUUCAACCAUGUCAGUUACUUCAUUACUUCCGAAGUUAUCCGAAAUGAGGAUAUCAACGCAAGGGCAAGCGCCAUCGAGAAGUGGGUAGCUGUGGCCGACAUAUGCCGCUGCAUGAACAACUAUAAUGCUGUGCUGGAGAUCACUUCUGCCAUCAACCGCAGCUCAAUCUUCCGACUCAAAAAGACCUGGCUCAAAGUUUCCAAGCAGACGAAAUCCUUGCUCGACAAGCUCCAGAAGCUUGUGUCAUCUGAUGGCAGAUUUAAGAACCUCAGAGAGACUUUGCGCAACUGUGAUCCACCCUGUGUUCCUUACCUGGGGAUGUAUCUUAGCGACUUGGUAUUCAUUGAGGAAGGGACACCCAAUUACACAGAGGAAGGCCUGGUCAACUUCUCCAAGAUGAGGAUGAUCUCCCACAUUAUCCGAGAGAUUCGCCAGUAUCAGCAGACUCCCUACAAAAUCGUGCCCCAGCCAAAGGUAACUCAGUACUUACUGGAUGAAUCUUUCGUGUUGGACGACGACAGUCUGUACACGGCCUCCCUCCUGAUUGAACCAAAACUCCCCACAUGAGGUGGCUGCACUCCACACCUGCGCUGUAACGUAACGGCGCCCCC